AUGGGAGCAGGAAGCCAGGUUCAUCCUGAUAUCUUCCUGUCACCAGGUGCCAGAACAUCCAGCUCCCUCUUUGGGACCCUCUUCCUGCUUGGCUGGAAGUUGUUUCCCCUGACUAUAAUUUCCAUCAUCUAUGCCUUCAAGAGGAUCCUCCCUUCCAGGCCAGCCACGGUCUGCAGCGCCUGCUACGCCACUGCCGCCAUCACUGUAGCCCAUUACAAAGCCGCCAACUUGAAGGGCGAGCAGUUCCAGGGGUACUUGGAGAAGUCAGGGGUGCUGGACACGCUGACCAAGGUUUUAGUAGCCUUAUAUGAAGAACCAGAGAAACCUAAUAGUGCUUUGGAUUUUUUAAAGCAUCACUUAGGAGCUGCUACAACAGAAAAUCCAGAAGUAGAGCUGCUUCGCCUAGAAUUGGCAGAAAUGAAAGAAAAAUAUGAAGCUAUUGUAGAAGAAAAUAAAAAAAUGAAAACAAAGGAGAAACUUGCUCAGUAUGAAUCACCUCAGGAGGAGAAGCGUGCUGAAUAGGAUUCUUCUCAGUUGAAAAG